ACUGCUACACUUGUUUAAAAAAUUUCCGCAUGGUGCUCUGGGAAAUUAUUCACUGUUAACGUCUGAUUCGUCGUUUUGACACCAUUACAGGAAUCAUGAACGAAUGGACUCAGAAGAACCCACUGGAGUGGAAUGAAUAUGUAAAUAAGGAAGUGAAAGUGACAGCAGACGAAAAACAUGAGUAUCAAGGCUGGGUUUUUACCGUGGACCCAGUCUCUGCAAGUGUCGUCCUGGUGAAUUUCCAGGACACCGGGAAGGCUUCCGUCGUGGUGGUGAUGGGCCACGCAGUGAGAGAAGUCGAGAUCGUGAAGGACGGAGACGAGGAGAUGGUGAGCCGACUGAGCUCCCUGUUCAUGCCCGAGGGACGCCAUGUCCUCGGCAAGGACGAGCUGAGACGCAAGAAGGAAUGCUUGCGCGCGUGGCUGGAGAAGAAUCUGAUUCCGGUGACGGAGGAAGACGAGACGCUGCGUGUGGCCGGGGUAUUGACGGUGAAUCCGCCCUACGGAACGCAGGACUGCAGCAGCUCCAAUGAAAUUAUCCUGGCCAGAGUUCAGAGUCUAGUGGAGAGCAAUCCUGGUCCGCAAGAAAACCAAUAACACGUGUCACUUCCAUGGGAAUGAACUACACAUGCUUCGGUGGACUGUUGUCCAGUGUACCAUUCUUAUUCCUGUAUAUAUAUUUUGGCAAAUACUUUUUUUUUUCUCUUUUUUUUAUUUUAUAGAAGUCUAAGCACAAUGUAAUUUGUGUUCUGUUAUUUUCUGUAUAACAUUGCGGCAGACCACAAUGUGGCUUGGUUAUUGAACGCUUUGAAACCAUGAUUAAAUUUUUUUCUUAUUCA